AUGUUUGGUCUGAAAGUGAAGAAGAAGAAGAAGAAGAAAGUCAACAGUGACCUGGUUCUGGCAAACAGAGGAGCUGUGGACAGUGAGAUGGAGGCCUCGUCUGAAGCUUCUCUCCUACAGGAUGGAGAAAACUCUGAGGAGCAACCAGGAAUCUCUGCAGUCAGAAGCAGAGUCAUACCAAACACUAAGAGGUCCAAACUGAAAACUCGAAUCCAGGACAGUGAAGGAAAACCACAGAGCUUCCAGGUUGCCAUCAACAUCACCGAAGCGAGGCAGCUGGUCGGAGAAAACAUCGACCCCAGCGUGGUAAUCGAGAUUGGAGAUGAGAAGAAACAGACGACGGUCAAAGAAGGAACCAACGCUCCUUUUUACAAUGAGUAUUUUGUGUUCGACUUCUUCGCCCACAAGGAGGUCUUCUUCGACAAGGUCAUCAAGCUGACGGUGAUGCACUCAAAGAUGUUGAGGAGUUUCUGUGUCGGAUCCUUCAAGCUGGAUGUUUGGACGGUCUACAAACAACCAGGUCACCAGUUCAUCAAUAAGUGGGCCAUGUUGACCAACCCUGGUGACAUCAGCACCGGGGUCAAAGGUUAUGUAAAGUGUGACAUCAGCGUCUCGGCGAAGGGCGACGCCAUGCAGCCGGGACAGAAGACAAGCGACGCCGAGGAGCAGAUAGACAAGAACCUUCUGAUUCCGGACGGUUUUCCGGCCGAGCGUCCCUGGGCUCGGUUCUGUGUGAAGGUCUACCGAGCUGAAGGUCUUCCCAGGAACAACUCCAGCAUCAUGGCCAACGUCACCAAGGCCUUCAUUGGAGACAACACGGCGCUGAUCGACCCCUACGUGGUGGUCGGCUUCUUCAGACAAGUGGGUCGAACCUCCACCCAGAAAUCCACUGCAGACCCGGUCUGGAACGAACAGAUCGUCUUCACCGAGAUGUUUCCUCCUUUAUGCCAGAGACUGAAGAUCCAGGUUUGGGAUGAAGGCAGCAUGAGUGACGUUGCCAUAGGAACGCAUUACUUUGACCUGAGGAGGAUUUCCAACGAGCAGGACGGAGACAGAGGGUUCCUGCCGACCUUCGGCCCGGCCUGGAUCAACCUCUACGGCUCGGCCAGAAACUUCUCUCUGGGAGACGACACCGUGGAGCUGAACGAGGGCAUUGGAGAGGGCGUGUCCUACAGAGGCCGGGUCUACCUGGAGCUGGCAGUGGAGAUCCUGUCAGGAGGAACCGGAUCAGAGUCCAAACUGAGCCGGACGAUGAAGCCGCUGAAAGAGGUUAAAGCUGGAAAGACUGGAGGGAAAGAGGUGAAGACAGGAGGAGGAGCAGCAGCAGGAGGAGGAGGAGCAGGAGGAGGAGGUGAAGAGGACAAAGGAAAAGCUGCAGGAGCUGAACUUCUUCCUGUUGAGCCUCCUCCAGCGCCUAAAUGUUUGAUUGUGCAGCUGGAUGACGACAACAAGGAGAGUUUUCUGCUGUUUGGAGUUUUGUUUGAAGCCACCAUGAUCGACAGGAAGAUCGGAGAUCGACCAAUCAGCUUUGAGUUCUCUCUGGGUAACUACGGUAACGUGCUGGAGUCUGUAGCUCCGCCUAUCCACCCCAGUCCCGCUGUCUCUCGCCGGAGAAAAGAUCUGGACUUCCUGGACACGUCCUCCCUCCAGCCAGACGUCCCCCUCCUGCCCAGAGAGCCUCAGGACGCCUCGUCCAAGACGUCCAGGUCAACGACGACGCCGGAGAAACCGCUGAUCGUCGAGGGCAACAGGUACUUCAUGUAUUUGCCGCUGGAGAAGCAGAAGCCUUGUGUUCAUGUUGUGAGUCACUGGGAGGACAGAAGCUACCGACUGUACAACUCCAACAUGCUGGACAACAUCGCACGUCUGUUUGAGGAAGGAGUCAGCAGUGCAGCCGAACUGCACAGAAAGUCGGAUCCAUCAUCAGAGUCGCUGCUCAGAUCCGUCCUCAGUGAAUUCUGUCUGGACGCCCGGAGUUUCAUUGCAGCAGCCGAGGUGAAGCUGAAGGCCGAGCUGAAGUCAAACUAUUUGACUCAACUGGACAAGAAACGUCUGACGAUGUGCAAACAGGAGCUGGAAUCGAUGAUCGGAGAAGCUCAGUCCACCGUACAGAAGAAGAGGAAAGCCGGAGGAGUGAAAGAAAUGCUUCAGGAGGCGACGAAGCUCACUCAGAAACUUCGCUUCCUGGUGGAGGAGCCUCAGCACACGGUUCCCGACACGUUUGUUUGGCUGCUGAGCAACAACAAACGAGUCGCCUACGCUCGACUUCGGACCAGAGACCUGCUGUUCUCCAGCGACCAGGAGGCUCGAGGAGUCGACUGUGGGAAGAUCAUAACGCUGUUCCUGAAGCCUCCAGGGAAGCGUGUCGCCGGUUUGUCCGUCCAGGCGAAGCUCGAUGUGUUUUUGUGGUUCGGAUCUUGUUCGGACUCGAGCCACAUGUUGGACAACCUUCCUGCAGGGCUCAGUCCGACCACCGGGGGCGCCGACGCCAGCAGCCCUCCGACACACCUGAGCUGCACAGAACAGCAUCAGUUCCAGUUGCGUUGCCACAUGUACCAGGCUCGAGGUCUGAUCGCCGCCGACAACACCGGACUGUCGGACCCGUUUGCCAGAGUCACCUUCCAGUCGCACAGCCAGACCACCAACAUCAUCAGUCAGACUCUCAGUCCGACAUGGAACCAGUGUUUGCCGAUGAGCCGCCUGCUGCUGAGCGGAGAUCUGCAGAACAUCCAGGAAGAACCUCCUCGAGUCCUGGUGGAGGUUUACGAUGACGACGCUCUGGGUAAAGCUGAGUACCUGGGCUCCACGGUGGUGGUACCGGAGGUCCAGCUGACCUCAGACCCGUACAGUCCACCCACCCUACAGUACAGUCCUCUGCACUGUGGCAGCCAACCAGGAGGAGACCUGCUGGCUGCAUUCGAACUACUGCAGAUCCCAGAGUCUGGACUGCAGAGUCUGCCGGAGUUAGAGGAAGAAGACGGAGGCGUCUUCACGGUUCCUCCCAACAUCCGGCCGGUCCUCAGCACCUACAGGCUGGAGGUUUUGUUCUGGGGUCUGAGGGAGCUGAAGAAGGUUCAGUUUCUGUCUGUUGAUCGGCCUCAGGUGUUCAUCGAGUGUGCAGGUAAAACUCUUCGCUCGUCCGUCAUUCAGAAGUACAAAUCCAACCCAAACUUCACCACGCUGGUCGACGUCAUAGAGCUGGAGCUGCCGGAGAACGAACACCUCCACCCUCCUCUGAGCAUCACGGUGGUCGACUGGAGAGCGUUCGGUCGCAGCACUCUGGUUGGAAACCACAUCAUCAACAACCUGAAGGCCUUUAAAUACACCCCACCUCCAGCUCCACCCGCUGCACCGCAGACAUACAAAGCUGCUACACUCACCCCCGGAGCUGCAUUCAUCACAGACCCACACAGCACUGAUGGUCAGUCUCAGGAAGCUGCAGAAACCAGUUCCACCAUGGGACUCUCCACCCAGGAUAUCCUCAUCACUGUGGAGGACGAAACUCCGCCUCCAGUCCCGCCCACCAGGAAGCGGGAACUCUCCAAAACUAAGGAUGGCAGGACAAAGACCACCCGAGGUCGAUCCACCAAACGCAGGAGGAGGACCAUCGCUGACGAAUCGGCUGAGAGCGUCAUCGACUGGUGGUCCAAAUAUUAUGCCUCGGUGGAGAAACAGACCAAACAGAAGGACGGAUCUCCGUUUCCACAAGUCUUUGAGAAAGCGUUGUCGUACCACAACCUGCUCAGCGAUGGAGUCGAGUCUCUGGUCAGCAGCCUCUCAGACGGAGACAAGAAGAAGAAGCAGAAAGGAAAAGGAACCCUGGAGACCAGCGUUGUUCUACCGGCUAAGCUAGCCACACUCAAGCUGUACGAUAAGGAGCUGGAGACGGAGUUUGGUCCGUUCGAUGACUGGGUGAACACCUACGAACUGUUCCGAGGCAAAGCUACCGAGGAGGACGGAGCCACCGAGGAGAGGUUUGUGGGUAAAUUCAAGGGGAGGUUCUGCCUCUACAAACUGACCGAGGAUGAGGACGACGACUGGGAUGAAGACUCGGGACACUUCAGGGUCAACAGAGGAAUCCCAGCCAACUGUUCGGUCCAAGUCCUGAUCCGGGUUUACAUUGUCUCUGCAUCCAACCUUCACCCAGCCGACCCGGAUGGGAAGGCAGAUCCUUAUAUCGUUCUUCGACUCGGCAAAAAUGAAAUCAAAGACAGAGACAACUACAUUCCCAAACAGCUGAACCCUGUUUUUGGAAGAUCUUUCGAGAUGCAGGCGACGUUUCCUCGUGAGUCGCUGCUGUCGGUGCUGAUCUACGACUUCGAUCUGGUGGGAGGAGACGACCUGAUCGGAGAGACUCGGAUCGACCUGGAGAACCGGUUCUACAGCCGCCACCGAGCCACCUGUGGACUCCCCACCGAGUACAGCCUUGAGGGUUAUAACGCCUGGAGAGACUGUUUGAAACCUUCAGAGCUGCUGUCAAAGAUGUGCAGAGAAAACGGUUUGGACGGUCCUCACUUCAGACCGGGACGGAUCACCGUCGCCGACAAAGUCUUCACUGGAAAGACGCUCUUCAUGCACGAAGACGAGCCGGUGGAGUCCUACGAACAUUUGUCCCUGAAGAUCCUUCAUCGCUGGGCUGAGAUCCCAGCUGUGGGCUGCAGACUGGUACCAGAACACAUUGAGACCAGAACCCUGUUUAACAAGGCCCGGCCUGGAAUGGACCAGGGUCAGGUCCAGAUGUGGGUGGACAUGUUUCCUGUGGAUUUGCCUCAUCCAGGACCUUCAGUGGACAUUUCACCUCGGAAACCCAAAGGGUACGAGUUGAGGAUCAUCAUCUGGAACACCGAGGACGUGAUUCUGGAGGACAGUAACUUCCUGACCGGACAGAAGUCCAGCGACAUCUACGUCAAAGGCUGGCUCAAAGGUCUGGAGGACGACCGGCAGGAGACCGACGUUCACUACAACUCUCUGACCGGAGAAGGAAACUUCAACUGGCGCUUUGUGUUUCCCUUCAGCUACCUGCCGGCUGAGAAGGUGGUGGUGGUGAGGAAGAGGGAAAACAUCUUCUCUCUGGAUAAAACCGAGCAGAAGCUUCCGGCCAUCCUCAUCCUGCAGGUCUGGGACUUUGAGACGCUGUCGUCCGAUGACUUCUUAGGCACGCUGGAGUUGAACCUCCAUGGAUUUCAUCGAGGAGCUAAAACGGCGAAGUCGUGUAAGGCGGACAUGCUGACGGACGGCUCAGAGAAGAUCUCCAUCUUCCAGCAGAAGAGAGCUCGAGGCUGGUGGCCUUUCAGCAAGUCUGGAGAGCUGACGGGGAAGGUGGAGGCCGAGUUCCACCUGGUGACGGUCGAGGAGGCCGAGAAGAAUCCAGUCGGUCGAGCCAGAAAAGAGCCGGAACCUCUGCCCAAACCGAACCGUCCAGACACGUCGUUCUCGUGGUUCGUCAACCCCUUCAAGUGUUUCUUCCACCUGGUGUGGCGGAGCUACAAGAAGUACAUCAUCAUCGCCCUGGUUCUGCUCAUCACGGUGCUGUUCCUGGCUCUGCUGUUCUACACGCUGCCAGGAGCCAUUUCUCAGAAGAUCGUCAGCGGAUAACGGUGAGUCGACACUCAGCUGCAUCUGUAGGAGCAAACUGAACCUUCAUGUAUGUUCCCACCACAAGAACCGUCCCUGUAGAACCUCCUUCAGAGGAGGAAACAGCUCCUGCAUACGGGGAGGUAC